AUGAUCAACGCGACCACGUCUUCCAAACCAGUCUUGAUGCUCAUCGGGGCACCGCCUACCGUCUCAAUACCGCGAGACUUGCAAACCACCAUGAACGCCUCAGAGGAAAUCGCGAGACUACAACGCAUGUUGAUAGCGUCUGAGGAGCGACUUGAAGAAGAGCAGCGCCGACGCGAAGAGGAGCAGCGCUUACGAGAAGAGGAACAGCGCCGACGUGAAGAAGCUGAGGAGCUCGCCAAGGAGUCCACACCACAAGUCCUUCUGCAGUAUCUGGAGGCAUGCCACUCGCUGAGCCUUGCCAUUCAGGUGGUAACCGACCGCUCUCUCACCACCCAAGGGGACACGACUAACCCAACCGGCCGAAUAUAUCCUCGACGCAUCAUACCGUGGGAUGAUUUCGCGGCAGGCCAGGAGGGUAUUUGGGAAAGACUCGCCGGCGGUUCAUUCUCCUCACAACCCGUGUUUCCGACCAGCAACCAGCUUGCAUACGUCAGGUCCUUGAUCCACCCCAUUAGUAGUGAGCUUGGACUUCGGGACUUUGAACGCGACACCGUCGAAAAUGCGGUGCGGGAUAUAUCCUUCGAAAGCCACACAAAUUUUGGUGGUGACGUUAACACCAUCUCUGAGUCUCUGGGAAAUGAGUCUAUCAGCAAGCAUAACACCAGCGCGAAGUCGGUAGUACCAGAGACAGCUCGCCGCCGAGCCCGGGGGAAGGGUAACCGCGCCGACCAGUUCUGUAUAUACAGGAAUGAGGACGGUCAGAAUAUACCCGUUGUGGCUAUCGAGUACAAGCCUCCACAUAAACUCACCCAGGAGGAGAUAGUGGUCGGCCUCAGAUCGGCGAUCCAGCCGCAACUUGACGUGAUUCACAAGACUGGUGACAGCUUUGAGUUUGCGUCGAGGACCCUCGCUGCUGCCGUCGUCACUCAGUUGUUCUCUUACAUAAUAGGUAAAGGCGUUCAGUACGGGUACGUUUACACAGGAGAAGUCUUCAUUUUCCUUUUCAUUCCCGAAGACCCGGCCACUGUCUACUAUUUCGUGUCUGUGCCCAACCUUGACGUCCUGGACGAUGACCCCACCAGACUUCACCGUACUGCCGUCGCCCAGGUCUUUGCCUUCAUCCUCCAGGCCGUCCGUGUAGAGCCACCUCCUGCAUCCUGGCACGAUGCAGCUGCUGAGCUGGAUAUAUGGGCCAUGGAGUUCGACGACGUGCUGAGAGAUAUCCCGGCGACGAUACGUAAGGAGCGACCCACGUCUGCGUAUAAGCCUCAGCGUUGGAAGAAUUUUAUGCGGUCGCCUAUUCGAACGCGCUCGCGUUGCAAGCCGGUGCAGGAUGCGUUUCCUAGCCAGAGCGAUGAUGAAGAUGACGGCGAUGGACCCGCUUCCCCAACCCCGGAUCGAUCAAGCCGUUCCACCAAGUCUACAUCAACAGCGGAAGUGCAAGCCGCAGGCCAGAUCAGAGAUCGUAGAGAGCAGAAGGAGAUGCAAACUGGAAAACACAGGAUACAGGAUCGGCCCUUCUGUUCUCGGCACUGCCUUUCGGGACUAGUCUCAGGUGGACCAAUCGACUCGACAUGUCCCAAUGCCAAGGAUCACAAGCCUGCGCAUAUAAGCCGCUCCGAGUUUCUCUGCCGGACCCGGGAUCAACUGGCCAAGGAUCGUGGCCCGGAAGCCGACUGCACUCCUCUUUAUCGGGCCGGCGUAACAGGGGCGCUUUUCAAGGUGCGACUAUCAUCUCAUGGCUAUACACUUGUCGCCAAGGGUAUGCAACAACCGGAUUUGCCUCGCUUGCAGCAUGAAGAAACAGCGUACAACCACAUCAAGCCCAUGCAGGGAGACGGUGUUCCAAUCUUCCUGGGAUUAGUCGACCUCGUCCUGCCGUAUUACUACGACUGUGGUGUAUUCACCCAUUUCAUGUUUCUCAACUGGGAGGGGAGACCGUUAUCUGAAAGCAUUGGGGAGCUCAACAAGCACGAUACUGUUCGCAAGGUUACUGGCAUUUACACUAGGCUACAUCAACUUGGCGUCCUUCACCGUGAUGCGGAGUUACGGAACAUACUUUACGACUCUCAACACAGGCGUUUCUGCGUCAUCGACUUUGAAAGAGCGCUGCUCCCCAGUCGCGAACCGCUGGCAUCGAUAAGUACGAAUGUCCCAGCACGCAAGAGGAAGAGGGGAAAAAAGGAUCGUGCUGUAGAUCCCUUUGCGCAAGAACUGAGGCGUCUUUGUGAGAAGUUGUCGAGGUGA